AUGAGCACAUCCACAGCAGACCAUUCGCCCAAGGCGGCACUCAAGGUUGAGAAGCGCGAGCAGCGCAAGAAGCAGUCGGCGAUCCGGUAUCCCUUCUGGUUCGGCGGGAGUGCCAGCAGCAUGGCCGCCUGCGUCACUCAUCCUCUUGAUCUUGAUGCACCCAAGAACAUGAGUGGCACGUUCGUCAACAUCGUCAAGAGUGACGGCGUGCUGGGGCUGUACAAUGGCCUCUCGGCUUCGCUUCUUCGUCAAAUCACCUACUCCACCGCUCGCUUCGGCAUAUACGAGGAGUUGAAAGCUCGUUCGGGCACUUCGGACCCCUCGUUCCCCUUGCUAAUCGCCAUGGCGUCGACGUCAGGGUUCAUUGGUGGCAUAGCGGGCAAUUUUGCGGACGUGCUCAACGUUCGCAUGCAGCACGACCCUUCGCUGCCGGCCGAGCAGAGGAGGAAUUACAAGCACGCAGCCGACGGCAUGGUGCGCAUGGCCAGGGAGGAGGGUUUCUCCUCCUGGUUCCGCGGGUGGCUGCCCAACUCGUCGCGUGCCGCGGUCAUGACGGCCAGUCAACUGGCCAGCUACGACGUGUUUAAGCGGAUGCUCCUCGACUAUACGCCGCUCAAGGACAAUUUGACAACACACUUCUCGGCAAGCUUCUUGGCUGGACUGGUGGCCGCGACAGCGACGAGCCCCAUUGACGUGAUUAAGACCAGGGUCAUGUCGGCCAGUGGGAAGCAGGGCAUUGCAGGCAUCAUCUCCGAUAUCUCAAAACAGGAGGGCAUCCGAUGGGUGUUCAAGGGAUGGGUGCCCAGUUUCCUACGCCUCGGGCCGUGA